GUACUAUGACGUCACGUACCAAACUAGAUCACAAUCUGUAUUUAAGAGACAAUCACGUAUGGACGAGCAGAACAAACAACGCUACUUGAGAAAUGGAAAUGUUAGAGUUAUUUCAAAAUGGGUACCAUCAAAUCAAAAUGUGAUGAGAAGUUAGUGUCUCGUGACGUGAAGAAAAUUGAACAGGUACAACCAGUGGCUGAACUUGAUGUCAUGGAUGACUAUCUUUUACUCAGAAAACGUGGAUACAACGUUAUUAGUAAUAUAGGUGAAGGGUCAUUUUCCAAAGUAAAGUCUGCUUACUCAGAGCGUCACAAGAAAAAUGUUGCUGUAAAGAUAAUCAACAGAAGAAAGGCUUCCAUGAACUUUCUGGAAAAGUUCUUGCCACGAGAACUGGACAUCCUCCCAUCCCUCAACCAUCGCCACAUAGUGAAGACCUACGAAAUCUUCGAAACCGCAGAGGGCAAAGUGUACAUGGUGCUGGAGCUCGGUGUGCACGGGAACCUUCUGGAGUUCAUCAAGAACCGCGGAGCCCUGCCGGACCACCUGAGUAGAAAACUCUUUCGGCAACUCUCACUCGCGGUCAAAUUUGCCCACGAGCUGGACAUCGCUCACAGGGACCUGAAGUGCGAGAAUCUGCUCCUGGACAAGGACUUCAACCUCAAGGUUUCCGAUUUCGGUUUCAGCAAGAGGAUUGCCUACGAUGACAACGGAAAGGUUAUCCUGAGCAAAACCUUCUGCGGGUCGCUCGCCUACGCACCUCCCGAGAUCCUGCAGCACCAACCCUACAACCCCAAGGUAUACGACGUCUGGAGCAUGGGCGUCAUUCUGUACACCAUGGCGUUCGGAACAAUGCCAUUCGACGAGUCAAACUUGAGGAAAAUGCUUGAAAUUCAAAAGGAGCACCGCUACCAGUUUCCUUCGAAUUCCGUGGCCCCCGAGUGCAAAAACCUGAUCCACCGCAUGCUGCACCCUGACGUGCAGAGGAGGAUAUACAUUGCGACCAUUGUCGAACACCCAUGGCUGCAGGAGAGAGGCAAACUGCAAGACGGCGUCGCAAAUCAGCGAGAGGAGCCGUCAACCAGCUCAGGCUCCGGCAAUACAACAACGGGGGGAAAGCCGGCGAAUUCACAGAAAGGAUAACAGAGCUAUAAAGCACCCUCCAACAGGUUUCUGGGUGAUUUGAAUCUUCAACCGGGCUCUACAGAGGAAGGGACCUUUGUGCCAUUUUCUUCUGCAUCUAUGAUGGAAAAUUAACGUUUCAAUCUAAACAAAAAUAAACUUGUUUUGCAGACGCCCAUAAACACCUCUGUAAACAUGCUUUUGACAGGUUGUACGUUUAUUUCCUGACUGAAGACAUUCAGGUAAAGUACCCCUAACCCUAACUCUACCUCACCCAGAGGUGCACAAGUGCCAACAGCUGCUCUUAGUUAUUGA